ACUCGAUCGGUUCAGUUUGGCUAAAAGAAAGGAGAACUAGGGAAGCAGAGGAACGAACGCUCUCUCCCACUUCGCCGCGGCCUGCCGUCGAGCGUCGAAGCCUUUUUCUCCGGCACGCACGACAGCUGCCGUCGCCUUCGCUCGCCUCCUCAGGGUCCGAUCUACAUCGGCGGCUGUGUUGCCUUGGUCGACCUCUUCUUUGCCGCGAACCCAGUCGCAGAAUCGAUGGCUAGCCUUGCAGAUUCAUUCUUGGCUGAUCUUGAUGAGUUAUCUGACAAUGAAGCCCAUCUUGAUGAUGAGGAUCUUGAUGCUGCAGCUAUGGAAGAAGAUACUGAAGGUGACAUGCCGGACAUUGAAUCUCUUAAUUAUGAUGAUCUUGAUAGUGUUUCAAAGUUGCAAAAGACACAAAGAUACAAUGAUAUCAUGCAGAAAGUGGACAAUGCACUAGAGAAAGGAACAGAUAUUUCUAGUGCUGGUAUAGUGUUGGAGGAUGAUCCUGAGUACCAACUCAUUGUUGACUGUAAUGCUUUAUCUGUGGAUAUUGAAAAUGAGAUUCUUAUAAUUCACAACUUUAUUCGAGACAAAUACCGACCAAAGUUUCCAGAGCUCGAGUCCCUUGUUCAUCAUCCAAUUGAUUAUGCUCGUGUUGUUAAGAAGAUUGGAAAUGAAGUGGACUUAACCCUUGUUGAUUUGGAGGGUCUUCUACCUUCAGCUAUUAUUAUGGUUAUUUCUGUGACAGCAUCAACCACAAGCGGGAAGCCUCUUUCCAAAGAGAAUCUGAAUAAAACAAUUGAUGCAUGUGAUAGAGCCCUUGCUCUUGACCUUGCAAAAAAGAAAGUACUUGAUUUUGUUGAGAGUAGAAUGGGCUAUAUUGCACCAAAUCUUUCAGCAAUUAUUGGAAGUGCAGUUGCAGCUAAACUUAUGGGCAUUGCUGGUGGUUUGUCUGCAUUAGCAAAAAUGCCUGCUUGUAAUGUUCAGCUUCUUGGGGCAAAGAAAAAGACACUUGCUGGAUUUUCCACUGCAACCUCUCAAUUCCGUGUAGGUUAUCUUGAGCAAGCUGAGAUUUUCCAAAGCACCCCUCCUUCUCUUAGAACUCGUGCUUGCCGGCUAUUGGCAUCAAAAUCAACUCUAGCUGCAAGAGUAGAUUCUACUAGAGGGGAUCCAACAGGAAAAGCUGGAAGAAACUUGCGAGAUGAAAUCCUUAAAAAGAUUGAAAAAUGGCAGGAACCACCCCCUGCUAAGCAACCAAAACCUCUUCCAGUUCCAGAUUCUGAGCCCAAAAAGAAGAGAGGUGGCCGUCGGUUGAGGAAAAUGAAAGAAAGAUAUGCAGUGACAGAUAUGAUGAAGCUGGCAAAUAGGAUGCAAUUUGGAGUCCCAGAAGAGAGCUCUUUAGGUGAUGGCUUGGGUGAAGGAUAUGGUAUGCUUGGACAGGCAGGAAGUGGAAAGUUACGUGUGUCAAUAGGGCAGAGCAAACUUGCAGCUAAAGCUGCUAAAAGGUUCAAGGAGAAGCAAUAUGGAAGCGGUGGGGCAACAUCUGGAUUGACAUCAAGUCUAGCAUUCACACCUGUGCAAGGAAUAGAACUUACGAACCCGCAAGCACUUGGGAAUCAGCUCGGCAGUGGCACUCAAAGCACCUACUUCUCGGAGACAGGAACAUUCUCAAAGAUCAUCAAGAGGGCAUAGUAUUUGUACCCCCAGUUGUUUUGCAAGAAUUGCUAUUAUUCCGGUGAGUUGUAAUCCUAUUGUGUUCUAAGUAUAGCUUAUUUAGAACUCUCAAAUUUGUGAUGGUUCAUUGCCAAAUCCCUGUAUUAUUCUGGUGGUGAACUAGACUGGACAUCAAACUGCCCUUGCCCUGCAUCGAUAUAAUGUUCUGUUAGAUCACUUAUGACAGAGUUUUGACUCCCCUCGAUACUUUAGAAUGUCAUGAUGCCUGUAAAAUAUUCUGAAAGUGAUACUGAGUUGGCUGAAUUUAGGUGAUCUAUCAUAGACAAUA